GUCAAGAGAGUGUUCCCCCACUUUCGGAUAAAGUCGUAUCAAUUAAGCCACCACGACGACCAGACAGGGGAGGCAGAUCUGGACGACCUAUCCAACUUCGAGCGAACUUUCUACCUGUGAAAAUACCCACCGGUGAUAUCCAUCAUUACGACACAGAUAUCAGAGAGAAAGGAAAGAAAAGCGGAUAG